AAAUUGGAUAAUGCCACCCCCACUUGGAUAUGGCCAAUUGCGCGAUAUAUAUAAAAGGGCUUUUCAGCAAUUCGAAGGCUCAGAUGAAAUCUUACUAACGACUGAGCUAUGAUUGAAACGCUGAUACCAUUUAUUUUGGUUGCCCAUGUACCAAUCGACACAUACGAUGUUUACUACGGAUCGCAAUACACAUUCAACGUGUCCAACACUAUGGAAUACAAUUUUGGAAACGUCACUCAACAUGUGAACGUCGUGUCCAAAUUGACGUGUCGGAACUCGGGAGUUUACAGUUUAAUUUGCAGCGUUACCGGUGCAUCCAGACAAUGGUAUCAAGAAACAAGAAUCAAUAGUGAAUAUUCCGAGGUUCCUAGAUACGAUGAAUUUCCCAUUUUCAACGUGGGACCUUUCCAAAUUCUGUUUAAAGACGGAAAAAUUCAUAACGUUUUUGUGAAUGCGAUGCUGGAAGAGCCGGCCCAACGUAUCAUAAUGACGGAAAUAGCGGAAUUGUUGAAUAUUUGGUGGACAAAUGUGGAUGAAUCUCAGAAGGGAUUACUAUCAGUGAUUGAUUACAAAGUACCGCGGAAUGCACUUCUCGGUUGCCAAUCAAUCAUUAAAUUUACAAAAAAAAAGAAAACAGACAAUCGGAUAGUGAAUUUCAAAAUAGAUAGCAUAGGAAAACGGCUGAAUAUCUAUUCAGGUGUUACAUAUAAUUUUAGAAAAACUCAAGGAUCACACCUCCCAUGUUCCAAGGGCAUCUAUGUAUUCUAUCAUCGUGAUAAUGUUCAGCCGAUUACAAUGAAUCCAACACAAAAUAAGGAUAAGUCAUCGUUUAGUCGGGUUAUCAUCUCUGAAGAUGAAUUUGUGUCUUUCAGUGAAAAUGUAGCUAAUUAUUGUUCAGAUGAGCUCACCAAUGAUCAAGGAAAAUGUCAUUACAAUAUUCAUCAAAGAAUUAGCUUAUCUUUAAACUCGAUUACAAAAGCUACCACUGAUCUACCCACGAUAGAAACUCCUAUUGAUGUAUUUAUGAGUCUUGAGUCGAGACCAAUUUAUGUUAAUUCAUAACUUGAUAAUUUGAUAAUGAAGAAUAAUCCAGAAAUCCCAUGUAACUCCGUCGCUGUUAAACGAUUUUGCAUUGUGAAUUAAUUCAAAAUAUCAGUCGGAAUAAAACAGCCAAGUGUUUUUAUCCCUCA